GAGAUGCUAGAGCACAAGUACGGCGGCCACCUGGUGUCCCGGCGCGCCGCCUGCACCAUCCAAACCGCCUUCCGCCAGUACCAGCUCAGCAAGAACUUCGAGAAGAUCCGCAACUCGCUCCUGGAGAGCCGCCUGCCGCGGCGCAUCUCCCUGCGCAAGGCGCGCGCGCCCACGGCGGAGAGCCUGGCGGCCGAGAGGGCGCUCCUGGAGGGCUGCGGCCUUGCGGGGCUGCCUCUGGUGCGCUCGCCCUCCCUGCCACCCACCUUUGCGGGCACGCUCACCGAGCUGGAGGACUCCUUCACCGAGCAGGUGCAAUCCCUGGCCAAGUCCAUCGACGACGCCCUCAGCACCUGGAGCCUCAAGACCAUGUGCUCCCUGCAGGAGAGCGGCGCUUACCAGAUCCACCGGGCCCUGCGCGCGGGCGCAGGACCGCUGGGCCUGGAGAGCGAGGCGCGGGAGCCCGAGGGCGCCUCCCUUGGGGCCGGGGCCGAGCCUGCUGAGCCCCCCAGUCCGCCCCAGGGCCAUGGCAGCACCCUCAUGAUGGCCUUCCGGGACGUCACAGUGCAGAUCGCCAGCCAGAACAUCUCUGUCUCCUCCUCCACGGCCCUGUCGGUGGCCAACUGCCUGGGCGCGCAGACGGCACCGGCCCCCACAGACUCCGCGGUGGUUGAGGCCGAGGAGGGCGAGGCCAGGGCACAGGAGGCCCCGGAGGGCCCCGAGGCCCCCAGUGCCGGCCAGGGGGCCGUGCCCGCUGAGGACCCGAGCGCGGAGGUGGAGGCCGGCGGGGCCCUGCGCGCCAGCUCGCCCGUGGCCGCGGGGCCAGUGGUGGAGGAGGAAGAAGAGGAGGAGACCGAGGAGGCGGCGAAAAGGACCGAGGCCGAGCUGGAGGCCGGGGACAACUCGGAGCAGCUGAGCAGCUGCAGCACGUCCACCAAAUCAGCCAAGUCGGGGUCCGAAGCGUCAGCCUCGGCCUCCAAGGAGGCCCUGCAGGCCAUGAUCCUGAGUUUGCCACGCUACCACUGCGAGAACCCGGCGAGCUGCAAGUCACCCACGCUGUCCACCGACACCCUGCGCAAGCGGCUGUACCGCAUCGGCCUCAACCUCUUCAACAUAAACCCGGACAAGGGCAUCCAGUUCUUGAUCUCUCGAGGCUUCAUCCCCGACACCCCCAUUGGAGUGGCCCAUUUCCUGCUCCAGCGUAAGGGCCUGAGCCGCCAGAUGAUCGGCGAGUUCCUGGGUAACAGCAAGAAGCAGUUCAACCGCGAUGUGCUUGACUGCGUGGUGGACGAGAUGGACUUCUCUGCCAUGGAGCUGGACGAGGCCCUGCGCAAGUUCCAGGCCCAUAUCCGCGUGCAGGGCGAGGCCCAGAAGGUGGAGCGGCUCAUAGAGGCCUUCAGCCAGCGCUACUGCAUGUGCAACCCCGAGGUGGUACAGCAGUUCCACAACCCGGACACCAUCUUCAUCCUGGCCUUCGCCAUCAUCCUGCUCAACACCGACAUGUACAGUCCCAACAUCAAGCCCGACCGCAAGAUGAUGCUGGAGGACUUCAUCCGGAACCUGCGAGGUGUGGAUGACGGUGCCGACAUCCCCAGGGAGCUGGUGGUUGGCAUCUACGAGAGGAUUCAGCAGAAGGAGCUCAAGUCCAACGAGGACCACGUCACGUACGUCACCAAGGUGGAGAAGUCCAUCGUGGGCAUGAAGACUGUGCUCUCGGUGCCCCAUCGCCGCCUGGUCUGCUGCAGCCGACUCUUCGAGGUGACGGAUGUGAACAAGCUGCAGAAGCAGGCCGCACACCAGAGGGAGGUGUUCCUGUUCAACGACCUGCUGGUGAUUCUCAAACUCUGCCCCAAGAAGAAGAGCUCCUCCACGUACACCUUCUGCAGGUCCGUGGGCCUGCUGGGCAUGCAGUUCCACCUCUUCGAGAACGAGUAUUACUCUCACGGCAUCACCCUGGUGACCCCGCUCUCGGGCUCCGAGAAGAAGCAGGUGCUGCAUUUCUGCGCCCUGGGCUUGGACGAGAUGCAGAAGUUUGUGGAAGACCUGAAGGAGUCCAUCGCCGAGGUGACAGAGCUGGAGCAGAUCCGGAUAGAGUGGGAGCUGGAGAAGCAGCAAGGAACAAAGACUCUCUCCUUCAAGGCCGGGGGAGCCCAGGGGGACCCGCAGUCCAAGCAAGGAUCGCCCACAGCCAAAAGGGAAGCGGCGGCCGCGGGGGAGAAGGCGGCGGAGAGCGCGGUGGAGGUUUUAAUCAAUGCCUCCCCAGCCCGACUCACCAUAUUACCAAUUUCAAGAGAUACAAUUAAAAGUUACUGCUAGCAUGGGUAAUGCACUCUUCCAGCGCCUAAUUAAGCCGCAGUGCCCCCUCCAGUUCCCUGGACGCCCAGCCCACUGAGCCCCCCAGGCUGAGCUCCCAGACUAACACGUGCAGAUGAAGCCCCUCGCACCCCCACUGCAUCCCUCCACGGUCUCCUAAACCCACCGCCCCACACAUGCUAUGGUCCUGAUGCCCCAUGUCCCCCUCCCACAUCCUGCUAGCCUCUGUGGAGGGAGCCUGGCCCCUCCGAGAAUCACGCCUCAGGUCCAGUCCCCAAGUUGAAGCCUCUGGGGAAAGUGGGGACGGCUGGGAGGGUACAGUGUCUGCCCAACACAGCUGAGCCACCUG